AUGGCGUCAGAGCCCCCCCACCCCUUCCCCACAGUGGACGUGCCCGACCACGCCCACUACACCAUUGGCUCCGUCAUCCUCGCCAUCGGCAUCACCGGCAUGGUCGGCAACUUCCUGGUCAUAUACGCCUUCUGCAGGUGCCGCAGCCUGCGGACGCCGGCCAACAUGUUCAUCAUUAACCUGGCGAUCACAGACCUGCUGAUGUGUGUCACGCAGACGCCCAUCUUCUUCACCACCAGCAUGCACAAGAGGUGGAUCUUUGGAGAGAAAGGUUGCGAGCUGUACGCGUUCUGCGGCGCUCUGUUCGGGAUCUGCUCCAUGAUCACGCUGACGGUGAUUGCCGUCGACCGUUACUUCGUCAUCACGCGACCUCUGACCUCCAUCGGCAUGCUGUCGCCUAAACGGGCCCUCCUCAUCCUCAUGGCGGCCUGGGCCUACUCUCUGGGCUGGAGCCUGCCGCCGUUCUUCGGCUGGAGUGCCUACGUCCCCGAGGGUCUGCUGACUUCCUGUACGUGGGACUACAUGACCUUCACCCCCUCGGUGCGAGCGUACACCAUGCUGCUCUUCAUCUUCGUCUUCUUCCUGCCGCUCUUCAUCAUCAUCUACUGCUACGUCUUCAUCUUCCGCGCCAUCCGCACCACCAACCAGGCCGUGGGGAAGAUGAACGGCAGCGUUCACAGCCACGGCAGCAGUCGGGACUCGGUGAAGAAUUUCCACCGGCUGCAGAACGAGUGGAAGAUGGCGAAGAUCGCUCUGAUCGUCAUCCUGCUCUACGUCAUCUCGUGGUCGCCGUACUCCAGCGUCGCUCUCACCGCCUUCGCCGGGUACGCCGACAUGUUGACUCCCUACAUGAACUCUGUGCCCGCCGUCAUCGCCAAAGCCUCGGCCAUCCACAACCCCAUCAUCUACGCCAUCACGCACCCGAAAUACAGGUUAGCGUUAGCCAAGUACAUCCCGUGUCUCGGCGUCCUGCUGUGUGUUCGUCAGCGUGACCUCCGCUCGACCAGCAGCAGCUUCAUGUCGACGCGUCGCUCCACCGUGACCAGCCAGACCUCCGACAUCAGCGGCCAGUUCAGGAGGCAGAGCAACGGGAAGUCCCGCCUCUCCUCCGCCUCCGACAGCGAAUCGGGUCUGACAGACACCGAGGCCGACCUGUCCAGUAUGGGCUCCAGACCAGCCAGCCGCCAGGUCUCCUGUGACAUCAGCAGAGACACCGCCGAGCUCCCCGAAUUCAAACCGUCCUCCAGCUUCAAGUCCAAGAUGAAGAGCCACGACUCGGGCAUCUUUGAAAAGAUGUCCUACGACACCGACGCCUCGUCAGCAGGAGUCAGUGAACGCAGCAGCAUCCCGAACGGCGGGGAUUUUGCAGAGGGACACGUGAUGAGAGGAACUCUUGGUCGAAUCCCGAGCAUCGUCAUCACCUCUGAGUCCAGCCCCUUCCUUCCCAUUGGACGGAAAGGUUCCUGCACGGCCCGCCCCAAAACAGCCAACGGCAAUGCAAGGGCGGGGUCUGGAUAGAGCCCCCGCCCUCCCAGCUGAGCACCUGCAGUCACCUGACAGCUCACCUCCCUCAGAUAUUUAGAUGUCUAGAGUUCAAACGCAGACGGGUUUCACCUGAAGCUCAGCUGUCAGAGGAAGUCACCUGAUUAUUGAUCAGAACUACAACCAAAACUGGCUGUUGCCGUGGAUACGAUAAACUAUUCAGUGUUCAGCUGCUCUUUAAAAAAUAACGGAUGAAUAUGAAGUUUUGGUUGGAGAAAAGAAAUCACACAAAAACUUUUUGUCUUAUUUACUCUGAUUACUCUGGUGUUUUCACCCACACAGGUGUGUUUAACUCUGGCUGAUUUCACCUCUGCUCUAACAUCGAUAACACAAACUAAUACGUGCAAAGUCUCUGUGUGAUGCAGAGAUUCCACCAGGUGCGUCUCUGUGACGUCCCGUCUGAAAGGAGUUUUUGUCUGUUGACCUGCUCAGAUUUUGCCGGUCUGGUAGUUUCUCCUCCAUUCGUGUGCUUCUACCACGAGCAUGUAGGCUACGUAGCUGCACGGUUUCCUUUUUUUUCUGUUUUAAUCGUGUUUAUUGUCAACCUGAGUCAGCACACAGUGUUUUAUUAGAAAAUUUACUGGAUUCUCUGCAGCGCUCGUGUGUCUGAGUAGAUUCAAUAACAGAAGAGCUGUAAUGAGGCAAAUGAAGUGAAACACCUGUGUGGCUGUUUUCCCCUUUAACACUGAAUAACCAUCGACUAUUUUUAACUCUCAGUUUGACCCAAAGAAAAUCCUCGAGCACCUGAUUGGCUGAUACAGACAGAAGGUUUAAAAAAUGCCUCUCGUUCUGUCUUCAGGUGAGUUCCUCUGAAGUGGCUGAAGGUCUUUAGCAAAGGUUUUCUUGUGUUUCAGGGAAAAGAAGUAUUAUUGUAUGUGUGGAGACAUUAUGGGAUUUUUCUACAAACCCUGUUUUCUAUUGUGUCGCUGUUGUCUGUUGCUUUUCAUUUAUUUAGCUGUUUUUUCGAGCUCAGUCAUGUGACAGGUAGAAAGUUUUUCUGAUUCUCUGGCAGUAAACUGAGAUUCUGUAUAACAGCCAACUGACCGUUGACUAAACCCCUCUCAGAACUAAAAAUACAAGCCUAACAGUGUAAAGAAUGGGUUUAAGGGAAGCUGAAACACAUAGCAUGUUAACAAGUUAGCAUGCCCUGGUGACUGUUUGAUACCUACGGUAGUACCUAACUGUUACUUCCACGGCAGAGGGCAUUUAGUUAGCAUUAGCCCACAUUAUUACCAACAUUAGCACCUCUGUCCUUCUCAUUUACAUUUUGGGAUGUUUACACUCCGGCAACCGCAACCAAACCUGUAAUCCAAGACUAAGUGAUAAAACUCUAAGUUCUUUAUCCACAGUAAUAGUUCCAGCUUGAAACAGAGAAUAUUUAAUAGAACUGACUUUUCAAGGACGAGAACUAGCAGAUUCAAAUACUGAAAUGUAAUUGUUAAAGGAACUGCACAAUAUAAAAUCCUCUUGCCAAAUUUUCAAAUACACUUUUCCACUUUUCCUGGAGGUGCACUCGUAGUUCCAUUAAACCUAUCUGGUGUCAGUUUUGGAUAAUAUCUGGGUAUGAUGACAGUCAAUAGGAUUUUCCAAUGAAUUUCUCCUCGUUAAUUCUGAAGAUCUGCAGGCUGCGAAUGCGUUUUCAUGUUUUUAGAGGUUUCCCUGCACUCUGGUGUUGUUCUCUGUGUUUUUCUUUUUGUACUUUUAUUGGUUGCAUAUAUAAAGUGUACAUUUUGCUGAAGGUCAGUGUGGUAGAAUGUGAUUGUUAGUGUCAUUACGGGGGUGAAAAGGACAUAAUUGUUGAUUGUAGCUCAGUGCUUGAUAAGCUAACCUGACCUGUUGGUUUGUGUGAAGUUAUCUGUACAUUCCCCAAAAGUCGAUCUGAAUGUUUCUGUAAAAAAAAACAGACGAUAUCUGACAAAACCAGAUCAAACUGAAACGAAACAACAAAAAGCUGCAACAGCUCAACUGAACUGUUCUAACCUGAAACAAGCUGAACCGUCAGCUAAAUGAAGCUAACCUGUUUCACUGCUCCAUUAUCCAAGUGGAAUUAAGCUAAAUCAGUAGCUAACUUUCAUCAACAUGUUUUAGGAGUUAAACUGUUAACAAACCUGAAACAAACAGAUUAAACUGCUAAACUGAACUAUUAGCUAAACAGAGCUAAACUGUUUAACUGCUGUGUAGUUAAACUGUUAGCUAAACAGAACUAAACUGUUUAACUGCUGUGUAGCUAACCUAUUAGCUAAACAGACCUAAACUUUUCAACUGCUGUGUAGCUAAACUGUUGGCUAAACAGAGCUAACUGUUUAACUGCUGUGUAGCUAACCUAUUAGCUAAACAGAGCUAACUGUUCAACUGCUGUGUAGCUAAACUGUUCGCUAAACAGAGUUAACUGUUUAACUGCUGUGUAGCUAAACUGUUAGCUAAACAGUGCUAACUGUUUAACUGCUGUGUAGCUAGCCUGUUAGCUAAACAGAGCUAAACUGUUUAACUGCUGCGUAGCUAAACUGUUAGCUUAACAGAGCUAACUGUUCAACUGCUGUGUAGCUAAACUGUUAGCUAAACAGAGUUAACUUUAACUGCUGUGUAGCUAAACCGUUAGCUAAACAGAGCUAACUGUUUAACUGCUGUGUAGCUAAACCGUUAGCUAAACAGACCUAAACUGUUUAACUGCUGUGUAGCUAACCUGUUAGCGAAACAGACCUAAACUGUUUAACUGCUGUGUAGCUAACCUGUUAGCUAAACAGAGCUAACUGUUUAACUGCUGUGUAGUUAAACUGUUAGCUAAACAGAACUAAACUGUUUAACUGCUGUGUAGCUAAACUGUUAGCUAAACAGAGCUAAACUGUUUAACUGCUGUGUAGCUAAACUGUUAGCUAAACGGAGCUAACUGUUUAACUGCUGUGUAGCUAACAUAUUAGCUAAACAGCUAAACUGUUGAACUGCUGUGUAGCUGUUAGCUAACCAGCAACAAACCAGUUUUAGCUGUUUUUGUUUUGUUUUUAGAGUAUUUCGGCCCCAAAAUCCCACACUGAGACAGGUAAGACAGGAGACCGGAGAAAAGUUCAACACUUUAAUGAAUGUUUGCAGAAUGUGCAGCGACUGACAGAGUCCAGGUAGUGACUGAUCCAGGUUCCCUGGGUGAGCGCAGACAAACAGGAGAGUCAGGGAGGCGAGUUUCUGACAAGCCAAAAACUGACAAACAGGUAUUUAGAGUCUUCUCUUUGGUCUUUGUCGUUACCAUGUAGGAAGGCAGAUGAUUCGACGAGUACUGGUCAAAACCGCGGUGCUUAAAUACUUAAAUACUGUGCAGGCAGGUGAGCCUGGAUGAAUGCACAGACAGACAGACAGAGAAGAGACAGACAGACAGAGGAGAGACAGACAGAGAAGAGACAGACAGAAAGAGGAGAGACAGACAGACAGAGGAGAGACCGACAGACAGAGGAGAGACAGACAGAAAGAUUAGAGACAGACAGACAGAGAAGAGACGGACAGGAGACAAAGGAGGUGAAAACACAGGAGAGACUGCCACAGUUUAACUUCACUAUUAGCCAAGUGGAAUUAAGCUAAACCAUGAGCUAACCUUUAGCAACAUGUUUAGGAGUUAAACUGUUACCAAACCUGAAACAAGCAGUUUAAGCUGCUAAACUGAACCACUAGCUAAACGGAGCUAAACUAUUUAACUUCUAAAGGAAGUUAUGGCUAACUUGAGUCGCUAAGUCGUGUCAAUAUGUUAAUAUGGGGCUAAUAAGGGGCUAAAUUGAGCUUUUUAGUGACCCAAAUUUCUUACGGCAAUUUAAAGCAUGAAGUAAUUAAGAUAAGAUUAACUAAACAGCGCCAAAAAUGUUGUUCAACUGAACCGUUAGCCAAGUGGAACUAAGCUAACAUAUUAGCUAACCUUUAUCGAAAUGUUUUAGGAGCUAAACGAGGCUGAAAAUGCUAGCAAACCUGAACCAAACAGUUUUCUGAGUGAGCUGACCUUUAGCACAGGCUAAACCAAAACCAUCAAACUACUAAACAACACCUGAAUCCAGCUGCUUCAGGUGUUUCAAGAUUACCCCACAACACAAACACACGACUUUCAAGCCGCUUCGACAGCUUUGCUUCAGUAUUUGAAGUUUUGAAUCGUUGUUAUGUUCACUCGUAGGUCUUCAGACUUUUAAAGCUAAACACAAACCUCUGCUGUUCGUCAGUGUUUCUGAUCGUUCCUCCAGGAGCGCAGGAGGCGACGACGUGGCAGCGUAACCACGCAGUAAAUAACAGCGUUGAAUAUACAGUAACGAUGCUGGCUGUAAAUGCAGGCGGUUGGUAUGUUAGUUCUUGUGUAUUAAAGGUUCUGUUGUGAAAGACUGAUGUUUGAAAACAGGAAGAUGAUUUAUUGUAGAUGUGUCCUCCUGUUCACUUCACUGUUUCUCUUAUUUAUUAUUCCAAAUAAAGAUCUUAUAGCCACUGUA